UUUUCUCCCUUGCAUUUCUCUCUCCUCUUCUCGCCAUGGACGGGUAUAUAUAUGGGCGCAAAGGCCCCGCCAGAGUAGCUGUUGUUUACCACAGCACAGUACUUGUUCGAUCCCACCAGCAUACACAAAAGACACCGAUUCAUUCCAGCACAGUCCGAUCCUUUAUCUGUACCACGAUACCAGCAUCGAGCAGCAGUAGCACGCAGCGGACUGCAUUUCAGCAUGGGUUCUUGGGUGCGCACCAUCACGACGCCCUUCAGGAAGAUGCUCAACCCGCAGCGGGACGGCAAGAAGACGCCGCGCCACCACCACCCCCAAUCUCCUUCAUCAGCCAUGGAGCACAGCGGCGAGAUGGAGAGGUCGCAGCUCUACGGCGAGGUGAUGGCGUGCACGUACGAGGACGUGCAGGUCAUGUGGUCCAUGCUCGACAAGGCCAGGAUCUGCAGCGCCGCAGCCUCGUGACCUUGCUUCGUCCACAGACCCAUCCGAUCCGUCCGUCCAUGGCGAUGACGACCUGAUGACGAGAACGAGAUCGACCCACCAGUACAUACAACACAGCCAUAGCCAUUCAUUGCAAAGCAAGCUCUUGGCGACGACGACUGCGGGCGAACUGCAGCGCGAGCUCUUUACCUGCAGAUCAACUGCUGCCGAGGCGGCAUGCAAGUUCUCAAACUUUUUUUUUUCAUUUAGUUGAGUUCGUGUGGCGUAGCACGAAUGGUGGUGGUGGAGUCUGAAUCCCCAUUGCUGGCACACAAGGGUCAUGGUGAUGAAAGGUGUGCUGGCUGUCUUGGAGAGAUUUAGUGACUGACGCCAUAACAUUAGCUUAGGUGUUGCUGCUUUUGAGGCCAUGCACGAUGCUUUGUUUCCUCUUAUUUUCUGUUUUGGUGUCAGAGAUGCAUGUAUUCAUCAUCCGAUGCAUGAGCUUAUAGAGUACUCCACUUUUAGAGAUC